AUGAACUCCUCGGCUUUCAAAGUGGGUAAAGUCUUCGGCGCAGACCAAGCUACCGACACGAUUUACGAAGAGACUGUUCAACCACUUCUACCCUAUGUUUGGGAAGGCAAUAUCGGCACCCUCUUCGCGUAUGGUCAAACCGGAUCUGGAAAAACUUUCACGGUCAGCGGGAUCGAGCGACUUAUCGCCAAAAGCCUGUUCAAUGAAUCCUUAGCGGGUGAAAGAAAAGUCCAUGUCUGUAUUUUCGAAUUAGCAGGCAAUUCGGCAUUGGAUCUCCUAAACUCUCGAGCUCCAUUCAUGAUUCUAGAGGACUCCUUUGGUAGCACCCAGCUAGUUGGUAUUCAAGAGCGCCAUGUCCAAAGCACAACCGAGCUGCUAGAUAUAGUUGAAAACGCAAACUCGUUCCGACAAACCGCUUCUACGGAAAAGAACGACGGAUCAUCACGGUCACACGCAAUAUGUCGUAUCAGAAUCGAGAAUCCCGCACCCGAAGCCGUGGAAGAUGGCAUCCUAUACUUAAUCGACCUUGCAGGCUCGGAAGUCGCUCGUGACAUUUUAAACCACACCACGGACCGCAUGAAAGAGACUCGCGAGAUCAACAUCAGUCUAUCCAUCUUGAAAGAUUGUAUCCGUGGUAUGGCCGACUUUGAUACCGCAACUGCAGCUGGGAGGCCUUUGAAGAAACCGUAUAUACCAUUUCGGCAAAGCAUGUUGACUAAAGUUCUGAAGCAUCUCUUUGAUCCAGAUGGAAAUCGUGGCUGUCGGACUUCGGUACUUGCCUGUGUCAAUCCCAGUUUCUUGGAUACGGGAGCCACCAAGAAUACGCUUCGAUAUGCAGAGAUGCUUCAGUCCACGCAGCUAACACAAAAGGCUGCUGCUUAUAACCCUGCAGUACCGAGUACGUGGAGUAACAAGGAUUUGCGGACGUAUAUCAGAAUGAAGUCUGGAAAUCCGUCUAUCUACCCUCUAGACCUCGCACCACAUGAAACUGGCACCCAAUUACUUCGACUUCCAGAGGAUGAAUUCGUUCAACGUUGUCUCAAGAGUGAUGAAGUUACCAAAGAGCAGGCCAGUGCGUUCUACUCUAAGUUAUGGAAGCUGCAUAUAGAUUCUCGACGUGUCGUGCGAUAG